AUGAAUUUAGUUAACAUCGCAAAGCAUUUAUUUUAUUUGACGAAAAGAGAGUUUUCCGAUGAAGAGUCAAGAACAAGUGCUGAUGAAAUUGCUGCAGCAGAGAAAUUAUUUGAAGUUCUAAAGUCAUUUAAAGAUAGUCACUUUAGUGAACUCGAUGUAUAUCAAAGUCUCGACUUCGAUGAUGAAUAUGAUGAAACAACUGAUCAAGAAGACAAUACUGAUGAAACAGAAACUAUCGAUGAUAUUGAUGAUUUUGAUGAGAACCAGCAACUGAAUAUUUACAAUCAUCUUACAUUAGAGAAAAUGGAAGAGAUAAUUGAAUGGGUUGAUCAACAUCCAAAUUAUAACUUUACCAGUAUUAAACAUAGAUUUCAAAAAGUCAAACAUCCCUAUUAUAUUCCAAGAUUUCGAGGAUAUGUUAAAAAGAACGGCACAAAAUUUGAAAAGCUCGAAAAAAUCAAGCAAUUUAUGUGA